UUCUCCGGACAGUGUUUAUGGAUAACUGCAAAAAGGCAGCGGAGCCUCUGGUGACCAUCCUCCUUUUUAAUUUUUUUAUUUUUUCUGCAUAGAGUAAUGAUGUUCCGUUGAAGGAUCUGAAGUUUGCUGCGCGUAUGGGUUUUGACGUGCGCUCCAGUUUGGACAGGAGAAACACGAUCUGAUGGACUGGUUUUAAACCACACAGGAGGUUCUAAGUUAUUGCAUUUUUCCCUUUGCACUUUUUUUUUUUAAGUAAAUUUUGGGAUAUUUUUGUUGCAGAUUUUGGUGUUUAAAGUAUGAAGCGGACAUGGUUUUGCGCUUUGGAAGUUUAGCCAUUCUCUCCUGAACUCCCCAUCCUGUUUUUUUUUUUUGUUUUGUUUGGUUUUUACCCCACUUUUGAAAUCGAAUCUGCAGGAGGAUCGAGGUACGAAGGAGCAAAUGGCCAACGAGCGCAAACCGCGGCUCUGCAUCAUGGCAAAGGGCGAGAACGGGUAUGGAUUUCACUUGCACGGCGAAAAGGGGAAAAGCGGCCAGUUCAUCCGCAAAGUGGAAACAGGCUCCCCUGCAGAAGCGUCGGGAAUGCGCGCCGGGGACAGGGUGGUCGCGGUGAACGGAGUCAACGUGGAGAGGGAGACGCACCACCAGGUGGUACAACGGAUCAAGGCAGUAGAAAGUGAGACCAGGUUGCUGGUUGUUGAUCAGGAGACAUACGAAAGCCUCCGCAGCCUGCAUCUCACAGCAACAGAGGAGAUGGCCAUUCUUGGGACAGAUGCUCUUCCUCCUGCUUCCUCCCCUCCAGCCUCCCCAUCAUCUGCACCCUCCUCCACACCUUCCUCCCCCACCAAGAAGCGCCAGAAUGGCUCAGUGUCCAAACAGGAUGGCAAGGUGCAGAAGCCCACCAGGAGGUCACCAUCGAAGGCUGUAAAAAAGGAGCUGUCGUCGGAGGUGGAAUCUCAGCCUCAGGAUCAGGAUCAGUCCCCUCCCCAGGUCGACCCAUCUGAACUUGCCCCACGUCUCUGCCACCUGACUCGGUCGCCAGGGGGCUAUGGCUUCAACCUUCACAGUGAUCGGUCACGGCCUGGUCAGUACAUCCGCUCCCUGGACCCGGGGUCACCUGCCGAACGUGCUGGACUGAGACCACAAGACAGGCUAGUCGAGGUGAAUGGUGUGAACAUCGAGGGCAUGAGGCACACAGAGGUGGUGGCGUUCAUAAAGAAAGGGGGAGACGAGACCUGGCUGCUGGUGGUGGAUCCAGAAACAGACGAACAUUUCAAAAGAAGAUCAGUGGUCCCUACAAUCAACCACGUCAAAGAUUAUGAUGGUCCCUCCAUAUCAAACGGCUCCCCCAGCCCCCAUAUCAACGGAAGCUCCACCACACAGUCCAUCAGGUCAACGCGCUCGGACCUCAGCAGCCAGGGCAACAGUACGCAGCUGGCCGACGAUGACGGUAGCCAGCUUAUGGACCCUUUCGCUGAGAUCGGCCUGAGACUCAGUGCCACAGCAGCGGAGGAAAAGAUGAAGAUCCAUGCGAAGGAGAAGAAAAAAGCACCACAAAUGGACUGGAUGAAGAAAUAUGAGCUUUUCAGUAAUUUCUAAGACUAUUUUUUUUGGCUUCAGAGACUUGAGAAACCAGAGGAUAGCCCUCCCUACGACCUUUCAUGAUUUGCCCAAACAAAGUUCUUGGAUUUUAAUGACUUUUAAAGUUGUUAAAAAUCACAGUUCUCUUAACAAGAAACAGUUACAAACUCAGAUGACAAUAAUCCCAACAUAUGAGGAGACAUUCCUUCCCUUUCAAUCAGUUUUUUACUAUAUCAACUAUUUGAUUAACUCUCCUCCUCUGAGCGACUGAAAAAGCAGCUAUUUUCUUUUAUAUAUAUAUUUUAAAAAACCAUGAACAAGGAUAAAUAGGCAGCAUUCCAUGGUAUAAAUCCCACCAAAGACAUGAAUGGACACUGACAUGAAGGACGGUGGCUUUUGUGGGAGUUUUUAUUUUUUAGAUCAGUCCGAGGAAGCCUGAAGCAGGCAGAAAAAUCACUGUGAAAAACUCUGCUCCUUCAUCCCAUGCAGAUGAUGUUUGUAUUUUUACAUCAAUAUAUCAUCAUUAAUCAUCAUCAUCAUCAUUAAUGUACAGCAGAUAGCAGAACAUCUAACACUUCAAAGACCUCAUUUAUUCACCUAUCACCAACAACUCCUUAUCAGAAGAGCUUGAGGACAUGAAUACGAUAAAGGGAGUGACCACUAGCUUUUACAUUUCAGAAGCAAACAUUGUGACUCUGUUUAUUGACCGGAUGUGAUUUAAUGCUUGAUGUUUACAGCACUAAUCCAGAGGCCUUUUUGAAGCUAAUAAAAUAACCAUAUCCUAUCUGGAUGUUGAUCCAUUUAUAACAUUUUAGAGAAAAAGUUGGACUCAAAGGUUUUUGUAAGAACUUGUAGAAGCAACAAUUAAUUGCAAGCCAAGUAGCACUCUGCAAAUAUUUCAGUAUUAAUUAUUACUUUUUUCUUUUAUAUUAGGUUUGUGAAGCUGAUAUGAUGUGAUGGCUGCACCGAUUCCUUCAUUAGUACUUACCUGCAAUCCAUCUGAAUGUCUCAAAUUGUGUGAAAAACCUCAGAAUAAAUUCAUCAUUUAUUGCUUUAUCAAAGAAAAGUUGAGAAGAUCUAUGAAUUUUAAUGUAGAAUAAUUUAUUUUCUAUUAAUCAAUAUUUCACAUCAAAGAGGUUCAUUUCUACGCAGAAAAAAAUAAAAAAAUAUAUCUUUACUUUAGUGUUUGAGAAAGCAGGAAAGAUCUUUGAGGUCACCUUUUAUCCACGAUGACCACUAUGAAAAGGCGAUUUAGGAUGCCGGUAAAAAUCCUAUUUAAGAGGUAAACAGUUGGCAUUUGCUGAAAUGACCAUUACAGAAACUGUUCUUUGUUCAGGGAGGAGAAGAGAUGUCAGAAACUCCACAGAACUCUGGAGGUUCUGGAUAUUUUAGAUGAUGAAUGGUUAGAAAUCCCCCAUCCAAUGUAGUUUCCUGCUCCAUAAAGCAGAAUACCCCUUGGUGGUGUCCAGAUUGCAAAAUGGCAAUAACAAUAUGGGCUGUAACAAGUUUACCACUAGGGGCCUACAAAUGAUAUUUGAUUUUUCUAAAUAUUUCAGUGAUUUUUUUAAUUGUUUCUACUGCAAUAAAAGAUUAACAUACUUAGAGGUUCAUCAAUUCAUGUUUUCUAGCAUCUAUCUCAGAUGUAAAGUCUAAAUGCAGUACAAAAUAAUCUUAAAUAGAGAUGCACCGAUCACAUUUUAACUGGUCCAGAUGGAUUUCUGGUCUUCUUUGUGUUCCAACCUGCUGAUUUUUAUAAAUUAAGGGAAUCACCACGAUUGGUCCCUAUGUGCACUUAGUAACAAAUGUCCUUUAUCUAUCAUUUACUAGAAGUGCAUGAAAUAACAUGCUGUUAUGUGAUGUAUUUACAGACUGAAAAGAUACAGAGUUUCAGAUUAGCAGAAGAAAGAAAAAAAUGUCAAUUUGGAGUAAAUUGGCAGCUGAUUGAUUUGUGCAAGAUGAGCCUUUUGAAAUAAGUUACAGCUUAUCACAUAAUAUUUAAAGCCCAUAACUCUUUACCAAAGUGGUGAAUGAAGCUUCAUUUCAGUGAACAAUACAGGGGACAAAUGGAUAAAGUAUAACAAAAACUGACUGUUUAGCAUUAGCUUAGCUACAACACUACAGGUUUCUGGACAGGUCGUUGGAUGGAGUCUGGAGAAGCUCAUGGCAAAGUGGGAGAUCUUUCAGGAAAGACCCAGGGAGCCACACAGAUUACAGAGGAUUACUUUGCAUAUAGGAACAGCUGUCAUUCACAUGCUUGAAUGUGGAGAAGGUAAACAUGAAAUGCAUUAGGCUAAUUGGAGUUAGCUCUAUAUUCAUUCAAAGUCUGCAAAGGAAUCUGUGUUACAGAUAUAUGUUGGUGUCAGAUGGUAUUUUUCAAUAAAGUGUGACAGAGGCUUCUUUUAAAUUUACCAACAGGUUGCAUCCUAUUUUUCAGGGAUUUUUUUUUUCUGCAGGAUUUGGGAUUUUCCAUCCUUCAUUUCUCAUCUCUACUGUUUUGUUUUGUUUUUUUUGUUCUUUUUGUUCCACUGCCCCUCGUUUGCUCCCAUUUCCUCUCAGCCCCCCUUUAUGUCUCCCUCUCAGUGAGGAUUAUGUUGGCGUACAGUUUCAGGUUCGGUCUGUUCUCACAAUUCUUCCACCAGCCAGCUGCUGUGAGGACACACGGGGGUUAAAUCGGGGUCAGAAGUGGGCUUGUGACCAUGUGAUAGAGCUUGCAGAGGUUUCUGUGUGUCUUUAUUGUGUGCAAUGAGAAAGCUGUACUCUUUGCCAACUCUGAAUCUGCAUAGAAAAUGUUUUUUAUAGGGAUUUUUAAUAGGAAUCACCUCACAGUCAAAAUUGUACCUAAA